AUGACUGCAGCUAAGGCAUGUAAUGACUUGGGCGAAAGCAUUGAAGAAAUAGCAGGUCGACUAUGCCCACCAUUAAAGCGACGGCGAGCUCAUACACCGGAUUGUCAUUGGAGAAUUUGCAGAUUUAGUCCCGGUCGAAGUCCUGCAACAGCGGUUUUGACAAAGGAUUAUAAUGUAUUUCUAAAUGUACCUCAGUAUAGUGCUUUUGCAUGGAAGGAUAUGCCUAGCUUACUGCCCUACUCUAAAAAGUUUUUUCUCUUCACCUACGUGUCAUCCGAUGUAGAGACCUCGGUGUCUUCAGGAGACAGCGCCAAAAUUUUGAACUGCUCUGACUUUUCGGAUAGUGCGUCAUGUGAAUCUGUUACUGAAUUAGGAAGACUCACUCAAAGCUCGAUCUUUUGUAUCUUCUUGAGCCGAUGCAUUCCUGUAGUACCAUCUCUGGAUAUCGUGCUUCCAUUCCAAGAUCAUAUUGACUGGCGUCGCGCCUCGAUCCCGCUAUUUCAUGGACCAGAAAGCUGGGCUAGAGCCCUGAUUGCUUCGCUUCGUGAGAAGUUAGGCGUAUCACCUCCGGAAACUGUCAACAAGGCUGUACCGCUGUUCAACGACUCUUUCAUUGCUCCAAUACUUACGCCCAUCAAUUUGCAACCUUUGGAUGAUGAAUAUCUCGGUCCUAGCGAAGGUGCUGUCAAUUCGGGUUCUUUCCUUCACAAUUUCUCCUCUUUCACUAUGUAAACAUAUCUUUCAUGGAACAGUAUUGGUCGGCCCUGGAAAGCAAUGGAAAUCCUAGCACACUCUGUAGAUCCCCCCACCGAAACUGAGUUUUACUCUGAUUCGAGUGUAGGAUUUCGACCAAUUGAGCCUGGGUUAGGUGUAGAAUUUAGCAGAGCCCUUGGAGGUAACCGCAUCCGUGAAAUGUUUACAGGUAGG